AUGUUCUCUCCCCUUGGCCACUUCAAGCAAUUAGACUGCCCUUUUUUUCGUAAGGAUCGUACAUGCCCGGCGAAAUACUGUAUAUUUAAGCAUGAAAAUGCCAGUGACAACAAUGGCGGCUCUUUUCCACCGACAAGUGAAGAGAGCUCGAAGGACGCGCGGGAUGAAGCUCGAGUAAGUCAAGUUUUUUCACUCUCAUCUAUAUGUCCGACAGCUCAAAUUCCAUAUAUACCACCUUCUGAUACGACUGCCAAAGAUAAUUCUGUCACUACUAAAUCGGAUCUACUCUCAAGCAAUGUACCAAGUAAAUCAGUUAGCGCGAAAAAAUCUGAAAAUCUGUAUAAUAGAGAAAAGGAACCUAUGCAGUCCCCAGUAUCUGGAAGCUCGAGACCCCAAAAACGAGCAAGAGAAGAGUUGCUAAUCCCGACGAAUGACAGCAAUACCCAGAAUCAUGACUCCUCUGUUAAUAGAGUGAAAGAAAGGAAAGUUGUCAAUGAACCUAUGGCCAUAUGUGAACCCGUGUACGAUCCAAAUGCUCCAGCUGGUCAUGAACUUAGAAAACGAAUGGUUCAUAUCUUUUACGAUUGUUUUUUGAAUAUCGGAUACGAUUCUUUUGAAAGUAAACAAAAAUCUCUAGAGGAUGAAAGAAGUAUAUGCCUGUCUACCAAUAGUAAGAUGAUAUAUAGCUCUUCUUGCAAAGCCAAAAUCUUAGCCUUAAAGAAAUCACCACCGAAAGGGAUUUUGGAGAGAAAAGAAGAUGUCACUAGUUUCAUCCCAAAGUUAGCACAUUCUAGAGAACAACUGGAAUUAUGGGGAUAUCAUUUUGAUCAAAUAGUUCCAUCGGUGCCCACCGAUCCCUUACGAGAAUGCGAUCGCUGUGGAACUAAAUUUGUGGAUCUUACAGGCCCUUGUAAGCACCAUUGGGGAAAGCUCUUUCGAGAAAAAGUUGGUGGAGAGAAAAUCCGCUUAUAUACUUGUUGCGGAAUGAAAGAAGGAGAAACGUCUGGAUGUACAAGCGAAGAGUUUCAUGUCUUCCGGUAUCAACAUUUACCUUACUUAGCAAGUGUUUCUCCCUUUGUUAGUUUGUCAUCGGAUUGUCCUGGGAAAGAGAGAGUGUACUGUGCAUUAGAUUGUGAGCUUUGCUAUACGACAUUGGGAUUUGAGCUUGUUCACUUGACAGUGGUUGACAAAGAAGGGAUAUUAUUUAAUCAAUUUAUUCGACCUAAGGGCGAAGUUUUAAGUUUGAAUACACGCUUUAGUGGAAUAACAAGUAAAACACAACUCGAAUCUGGAAUAACCAUGCCGGUAAUGUAUGAAAGGCUGAAACAACUGGGCAUUACUAGAAACACAAUCAUAAUUGGACAUGGAAUUGAAAACGAUUUGAAUGCUAUGAGACUUCUACAUGAAAGAGUGAUAGAUACUGCUAUAUUGUACAAGCAUGAGCGAGGUCCUCCAUUCCGGUAUUCUUUGAAAUACUUAACGAAGAGAUAUUUAGGAAAGGAGAUUCAAACGGACACCCAUCAUAGUGAAGAGGAUGCAAUCGCUGCAAUGGAUUUGGUUAUAUAUUGGAUACAAAAUGUGCAGUCUCGAGCAUAG